ACCUACAUCAAAACCACUUUACUUUCCCGCCGUCCAUUCUUUGUCGACUCUCACCGACAAACGGGCACAACAAUACGACACGAAAUUGAUCUCGUUCACCUUUCCCAUCUCAAAGCAAAGGAAAGGAGAUCCAGUCUCACGAAUUGUGUUACUUACCCGAAGAUCGCAACGACGACGACAUCAUACCAAGAUUAACGUGCACGACAAGACGACCGAGAUUCACCUUUCCCAUCUCAUAGCAGACGAAAGGAGAGUGUCAAUCUCACGUACCUGCCUUACUUACCCGACGAAGAUACCCGGCGAAGAGCGCAACAACGACCGACAUCAUACCAAGAUUAACAAUCUGAUCCGCAGCAGCAGACUAAGAGCUUUCCACGUCUCCAACCUGGGUCCUUACAAUCUCACCCUCAUCAGUCGCGGACGAGUUCCCGACAAUGGCUACACCAUCAAACAUGUUUGAUAUGACAGACAAUACCAUCAACCCAAACCUCACCAUGCAAGACAACUCAGACCUGAACGACUUCUUCAACCCCAUGGAGCCAGCUUCGACUUCGACCAAUUCAGCAUGGAGUGGCAUGGGCAUGGGUCAAUUCAUUGACAUCAAUCGCAACACCGAGUUCCCCUUUCCUCAGACCCAGAACAGUCUUCCCUUCGGCGUCCCCCCUCAAGCUCUCAAUACCUACAUUGCAGGACCUAUGAAUAACGCACCGGCAUACCUCCAUGGCGUACCAGUAUCCGCGGGGUUUGCCUUUCUACAAACUGCAGCUCCGAGUGCUUUAAUGGACACACAAAACCCGGGCUAUACUACCCGCCAAGCUACAAGCUCCUCACAAAAGGCACCUCGAGAUUCGACCAACAAUAACGAAGCCAGCACCGAGUCCACUGAGAAGAAGCCUCGAAAGCAACGGAAGAAGCGUAGCAAGCAAUUGUCUGAAGCAGAAGCCAACGAGAAGCGUCAGAAGUUCUUGGAUCGAAACAAGGCCGCUGCUCAUAAGUGUCGUCAACGCAAGAAGGAAUGGACCGACAAUCUUUCAACCAAAGCCUCCGCCGUUAAGGACGAAAACGACAGGUUGAAGAUUGACAUGGCGGGAGCAUAUUAUGUUAUUGAUAGCUUGAAGGCAGAAAUAGCAAAGUUGCGUAUGCCAGGAAGUGUUCACACCUGCAACUUUCCACAAGCCGAGAAACAAUAUGAAGAAUUCUUGAAGAGAGAAGCGAAUGGUUUCGCCGACGAAGCUAGUAUUGCACACCAGUUCCUUAGAGAUCGACGCGAACGCGAACGCACGGCUGCAGAGAAUGAUGGAGAAAGCGGGUUUGAAAUGUCAAGACGAACAUCGCAGCAGAGUGGCCGGAGCGCAUAUGUACAAACUGGACGUACUGAGAGACAUGAUUCCGGUGUUUCUCUCGGCAAUACUCCAGAAGAUGCGAAGACCCACGAUACACCAAAAGCUUCUGUCGAUGAGGGAAUCGAUCUUGAUAAUGGUCGUAACUUCUUUGGUGAUGGUAACAUGAUGCCUAACCAACGAUUGGGUAUGUGGGGCAACGAGUCGACUGCCAAUGGUCCAGAUGAUUUGAUGGAUCCUGCAGUUUACUUGGGUCUCGUCAACUGAAGUACUCUCUUCGAUACCCCCGGCAGACUGCGAAAAUCAAUUGAUUGGAUCCUUCUAGUGGUAUCUGGGACCAAUUGUAUAAUGCAAUAACGACAGGGGCUGGACAGCGUUUCGGAAUGGGAGUAAAUGUUGCGAUGGAGUUGGGAGGUAUUUUGUUUUGCUUUGGCUGUAAAGAUAGGUGAUAUACCCGGUAACAAAGCGCCAGAUCGCUGUGGACGAACGAAACUUGGUGGUUUUUUGCUGGAGUACAUCAAGGAGAGAUGUUUGCAAGUUGGCUAAGUGAGCUCUUACAUGUGAGCUGCAAGCACAUUAGCAACUAUAUGUGCUUCGAACGGGAGAAGAAAAGUGUUGCU